AUGUCAAACGAAAAACAACAACCACAACAUAGUCCAUAUGAUUAUUCAGUAAAACGUUUAUUAUCACAGGAUACAAAUUCUACAACAACAGAUCGAUCAAAUGUUCUUCUAUGUCCACCACCUAAGAAUCGUGCUCGUCGUGCACGAACUUAUUUUGAUGAUCGUUCAAUUCAAAUACUUGAACAUGCUUUUUUACAAGAACAAUAUCCUGAUAUUCAUCGUCGUGAACAAUUAUCAAAUGAAAUUGGUACAAGUGAAGCACGUGUACAAGUUUGGUUUCAAAAUAAACGAUCACGUUGUCGAAAACGUUUAUUAAAUAAAACAAUUACUAAUGAAAAUGAUGAAACAAAUUUAAAAUUAAAUCAUAAUAAUUCAUAUGAAGAUUUACAAACACGUACACCAAUGAAAACUAUUCCAUCGGCAAAUAUUUUACCAUUUACACCAACACCUGUUCAAUCACUUUUGGCUACACAUUUUCCUUUUUUUCUUCAGCAUUUCUAUUAA